AUGGCCAAGAGUAUACGAAGCAAGUGGAAGCGUAAAUGUCGCGCAAUCAAACGCGAACGUUACGGAAAAAAAGAGCUAGAAAGACUCAAAAAGACCUUAGGAAUUGAGGAAUCCGAGAGUGUGAGCAAGGAUGUGAAUAUGUCUGAACUGUCUCAAGUGGCUAAUGUGGUUGCUGCAAAGACAACGCAAGCCGAUCAAAUGGACACGGACACAAAUAAGAGGGUUUUUAAUCCCAGAACACUGCGAGACCAACACGGUGCAUAUCCGGUGUGGUUACACCCGAGAAAAGUGACGAAAAAUAAAGUAAAGAAGAAGGGGAAGAAAGGGAAGAAAUAUAAACACUAA